AGUGUCAGCGUUCACAUUCGUCGCCGUGCUCGAGCUCGAAGCACCAGCACAGGGCGCACAUCUUUGCGAGAAUGAGGUUCCUGUUUCUGAUCACCGGCGACGACAGGGUGCACGCCGACGUGCACAGCACCAUUUGGAGCGUGCUCACCUGCUGCCGGAUGUGCACCGGCGAGUGGACAAGGUACCUCAGCGUCUGCCUGUGCUUCUGGCACAAGGGCCUCCGCGGCCGCAACCUCAAGCGGGUCUUGGGGCAGACGCUCGGCCUGGUGCCCAUACCCAUCCGUUUCAGCAACAUUGUUGUCGGCGACCUGCCGGCGGCCUCCUGCGGCGACUUCUUCGUCGCGAUCGAGGUCGGCGAGUGUCCGGUACAGAUCACGUCCAUCGCGGAGGAUGCCAACCCUAAGGUGGUGCAGUUCGAGGAGACCCUCAUCGUGCGGGUUCGCAAUUCGCCAGCAGAGUUCUCCAUCCGAUUCUCGGCGACGACGGAGGAGAAGAGGAAGAGGACUGCAAGCAAUGCCAUCUACUCAUUUCUGAAUUUCCUCUGCUCUGAUCUUCUUUCGGCUUCUCACAAAGUCUGGUGCACAUGCAAACUUCAUAUCCGGGUCCAGCCUGGCAUGCAUUUCCCUGCGGCCACGCGUCACCUCUUCGGGAUCACGCAUCAUAGGUAGGCUGCCGUCUGCAAUGUUCCUCAAUGGGCUUGAAAUUAACCUAGCCAGAGCAGCAGCCAUACGGUUUGGGUACGUCUUCGUUGUGUUUGUUUUGAAAGAGAGCCGAUCAGUAGUCUUGCCCAGCAAUCUCAUGUGUUCUCGUUUGCCGCGGCUGCAUCUCCCCCCGUUCCCCUGAGCUGUAAUAUGUGUGUAGUGUGGGCAUACGGAUGGCAACUAUCCGUGUCGGCGCACGUCCUACUUCUGCAGCAGGGAGGUCCUGGAAUACACACUGGUCAAAAUCCGUGGUGAACGAGAUGGGGGAAGAAGCCAAUGUUCUGAGCGGUCCCCACAUGAAAGAUGUGGGCGUUUGCUGUCUUCACACUGCUUGCUGUGGAUGCUCCAUCCAUCACCUCGUACCUGCAACGAGGUGAUCUCGUAGUAGCUGCACAAGCGCAAAUAAAAAAUGUGUUGCCUGUUUCCAGCUGUUCGUGUUGUCUUGUCGUAGCCCAAGGCACCCCCCAAGUGUAUUCAUUUGUGCGUAAAGGGGGGGGCCUUCCAGCCAGCGCGCAGCACACCAUGUUUCACAUGCCCCCCCCGUGUUCCAGACUCUCUGUGCUUUUAUAUGUCCCCUCUCUUCAUUUAUGGCCUGCCUCCUUGUAGGAUCCCCCUUCAACGUGUGUAUGGCUAUGUCGGCCGAGAGCAUUGUGAUCUGGCAACUUGUCAUGAUGACUUCGGCCCCGAUGCGGGGCUGAACCUCGCAUGACCUUGGCAUGCCAGAAAAAAAAGGGUGCAGAAUGAAGACCUCCGCUCUGUGAGUGCGCAUUGGGAUAGCGUCCACUGCCGUGUCCUGAAAGUCCUGGGGCCGGUAAAUGUAAUAUCGUUCUUCGUAGACGUUGUCACCUACGUUGGCGUGUGGGUCUUCUGGGG